UAAUUCAAUGAAUCACCUUCCAACCCCUAAUUCAGGUAAUGAGCAAGGGGGAAAUUAAUCUUGUAAAUGAUAGUAAUAACACCAUUUCUCAUGAUCUUUUCCUCCAGACAUGCUUUAUCUCUAUUGAUGAUUUGCUUGAAGCUUUUGAUACAUUUUUAGAACCACCCUCCUUAGAAUAUAAAAUAUGGCUGAAAAUUGCUCUUGAUGUUGCUCUCAAAACUUUCAAAGAACAUCUUCCUAACCAGGACUGGUCAUACAGGAUGUGUGUACAAUAUUCUAAUUUGUAUGUGGUAGAUGUACCAAACCACACCAAAUGUGAUAUUUUUGAUAGCGCUUUGGAUGAUGUUAUUCUUGUACAUGGAACUGUACAAGAUUGUCAGUUGGGGCACCGUUACUGUGCACCAUGCAUUUUACCUAAAACCUGUCACCAGGUACAAGGUACUGCAUCAGCCACAAAACUGUUAGUUAUACGAGGUAUAGAGCAUGGAGGACGUAAGAGCACCGGAGCAUGCAGUAUUCUUUGCCAGUAUCAUUCAGAUCGGAGACGUGCCACAGUGGGACACAUUCCAUUGGAUUCAGGCAGUCAUAGUUCAGUAGCCAAUGAUUUAGAUUAUACUUAUGUGAGCACCCAAAACUCCACUGUGAAAAAAGAUUGAUAUGAAAUGAACAUGUUCAAGUACCAUAGAGCUGGCUUUUGAAGUCAUAACCUAUAGUUGGUUGCUGGAACUUGAUAUUCACUUGUUAUUAUGUAGUGGAUGAAUGGACAGCAACAGCACAAUCCUCCACAUGCCUACUCCUCUGCCACAUUAUAAGCUACAAAGACCUCUCCAAUACUGCUGGAAUGAAAGCAGGAACACUUCCAUGAAGUUGGAAAUAGUAGAAGAAUAAACAUACCAGUAUACAUUUGUCUUUAUUUCUGUAUGCAAUGUAGUAUUAGGCACAUAGCUUGGGACACUUUCUAAAAUAAGUCAUUGGCCAUUGUUUAGAGUAUCCUUUUGGCUUUUAAAUACUGGUCAGGAAAACAAAUGAUGUAAAAAUAAAUGAAUAACUUUCUAUUAAAGAAAUAAAAAUGGAUUUGCAUCUAAAAGUGCAAGAGGUGAAGUACUUUAACCCUUCCACCAGACAAUGUGGCAAUAUACAUUAUAUUGCUUCUUUUUGAGAAGGCGGUUGGAAUUUUAUGACAUAGAAAAUUAUAAAUUACAAUUAGUUUCCAUAAUCACUAUAUAUAUAUACACAAGCCAGUUAUGAAAAAAACUGGUUGAAAACUUACAAAUGAAAAACUUCACACAGAUCAAAACAGUGAAAGUAUAACAAUUAACAUGCUCAAGUGCCCAAAUUUGAUAUUUAAAGAUAUUAUACCUUUAAAACACAUGAACUGUAAUUACAUGAGCAGCAUUGGCAUUUCAUUAUAUUUAGUUGAUUUGUCAAAAGGAUUACAGUGUUUUAAAAAUGAAGAUUGUUCCAAAAUGUUUAAUUUUAUACUGCUUUGAAUUAAAGUACAUGUUGGUGAAUGGGUUAAAAAAGGAGGUGAAUCACUUAAAUACACAACAAGCCAUGUGCACUUCAAAAAUAGUCUAGUGUUUCACCUGUAAGGUAUUGUUUUCAAGCAAACAAGACUUAACAGAAUGUAUGGCUUUACAGUAACAUCUAUUUGUCAACUAAGUUGUAACAAUAAAUACUUAAAAUCUCUACCAAUAGACUUACAUUUUAUCUGGUUUAAACCAUACAGAAAACAAUUAUCAAUUGAAAGCCUGCUGUAAAAUGCUGAACACCAAAAAUUCUUUUUAAAUCAUUGUUUUAAAUCUAAAACAACCCAAACAUUUAAAGAGCUUUUGCAGUUGAGCAAUUCUUUGCCAAAAUGAAAAACAUGGACUUCAGAAUUUGGGGUAAGGGGGAUAUUGAAAAAUUAUGAGAACUGCUAAAUACUUUGGUCACUAAUUGUCAAAUAGUUAUGCCUCAAAUACAUUGGAUUUGUGUACAGUAUUCACUUUUUUAUAAAACUAUUCUUACAGCCAUUUUAACUAUAGUAUCACUACUAUUGUUACUUGGGUGACAAGAUCUUAUUUCACAGGCCACCCAUCAUUUAGAACAAUACAAUAUAAACAUACGCAAAAAUUUAUUGGUAUUUCUCAAUGUGCAAUUUUUACACUUAUGAAUUUCUGUACAAUGUCUUAAAAUCUAGAAUAUAAAUGUUGCUGGUCCUGAUCCCUUGUGAAAUUAGUGCAGCAGUGACUGGCUCCAAUAGGCUCUAGAUGAAAUCCUCAAGAGAGAAAUCCUUGGGUAUCAGUUCAUAUUCUUCAGCCAACAGCAGUCAAUAUCACAUAUCAUACAGGGCCAUUAACAGACGCCUCUGCUAGAAGAGCUUGUUGAUCAGCCCUACAGAAUAAAAGAUGUAUGGAUUAGUACAGUACGCCUUAAUUUCUUUAAAAAAUACAGAACAGAUGAAUACGUUAAUAGCUGACUACAUUACAUGUUCUUAGGCUUCAAUGGGAUGACAGGAACAAGGAAGCUAACUAUUUUGCAGAAUGCAUGGCAUUUCAAUAAGGAGUACUAACAAAAUAUGAGUUUACUCUAAUUGUGUCAUUAACAGCAAGAGCAAAUAAACGGUCUCCCUAGA